GGCGGUGGCGCGGCGCCUCCGUGCACCCCUCCAGCCCUCGGAGCGCCUCUGCAUCCCUCCCUCCAUCCUUGCCCGCACCCCUCCCUGCAGCCCUCCGCCCGCCCCAGCGCCAGCAGGGCCGUUCCUGCCCGGUCAUGGCGGGGCGGCCGCGCUUCCUCUGCGGCGUGGUGGAAGGUUUCUAUGGGAGACCAUGGUCUAUGGAAGAGAGGAGACUGCUCUUUCGAUGGCUGGAACGCCGGGGGCUGAACUGCUACAUGUACGCACCCAAGGACGAGCUGAAGCACCGGCUGCUCUGGCGAGAGCCCUACACAGAGCAUGAGGCAGCCCAGAUGCAGUCUCUCAUAGAAGCUGCCCAAGAGCAUGGUGUGGAGUUCAUUUUUGCCAUUUCUGCUGGCCAGGACAUGGUGUUUUCAAGUGCUGGGGAUCGGCUCCUGCUGCAGCAAAAACUCAGGUGGCCGCCAUGGGGUGCCGUGCCUUCGCGCUGCUUUUUGACGACAUCGACCCCUGCAUGUGCCGAGCUGACAGAAACGUCUUCACCUCCCUGGCGGAGGCCCAAGCCUCUGUGGCCAACGAGGCAUACCAGGAGCUGGGACAGCCCUCCGUCUUCCUCUUCUGCCCCACAGCCUCCACCAUGCCUUGGGGCAGCCCUGGAAGCUUCAGGACGAGGACAGGAACCGGCUGCGGAGGGGCCAAUGCUGCUUUCCCUGCACGGUGCCUCUCCCCUGCCCCUGCCCACUGCACCUGGGCAGCCUCUCUGCCCCAGUCUCUGCCCUCAUGGGAUACUCUACUCUUUCCCCAGAGUACUGCAGCUCACUCUGCUCUCCAAGCCCUGGCCAGUCCCGCUACCUGCUGACCCUUGGACGGGAGCUGCUCCCAGCGAUUGGGGUCAUCUGGACAGUCCGUGCCCUGAUGCUCCAGGCCCAAAGGUGGUGUCACAGGAACUCUCAGCCAUGCUGCUGGAGGAGGUGGAGGGCGUCCUGGGGCGCCGUCCCAUCAUCUGGGACAAUCUGUUUGCCAAUGACUACGACUGCAGACGUGUCUUCUUGGGCCCCUACACGGGACGUGCCCCUGGCCUCAUGCCUCAGCUCUGUGGACUGCUCCUUAACCCGAACUGUGAGCUCCAGGCCAAUUUCAUCCCCAUCCACACGCUGGGCAGCUGGUUUCGGAGCGAGCUGGAGAGCUGUGCCCACCCUGACCAUGCAGGGACAGAGACUGCAGCAACCCUGGGGGACAGCCAGGGCCCAUGGGAGGGGAGCUACAGCCCCCAGGAGGCCUUGGAGCUGGCGCUGCUUGACUGGGUGGCUGAGAUAAACCAGCACGCCUUGGAGACAGGAGGAAGGGCUCUGUUGCACCCCAGCGCUGGCUGUGAGGGAGGAGCGGGGCUGCAGCCAGGCACAGCGGGAUGGCAGGAGGCCACACCUGGCCCCCAGACCCAUGAUGCUGCUCCUCGUGGGGCAGACCAGCGUAGCCCUGAGACCUGCAGCAUGACACCAGGGGAGGGAAGGAGGAAGGUGACCUUGGUGCCUAAGAAGGACAGUGGGAGCAGGACCCCCACCGGCAGUCAGCAGAGCCCCCCAGCGGAUGGGGACCAGCUCGCCUCAGCUAGCGGAACAAGCUGCAAGCCCUCCUCUGCUCCACCCAGCACAGUGGGCAGUGCCCAGCCUGCUGGAGCCCCUGUAACUGGUGAGACCUUCUGCAGCCUGGAGACCCCAACGUGCUGCAGCAGUGGGGCCGACAACAGCCAGAGCCCCCUCCUUGACACCAGCAAUGCCAGGGGAGGGGAUGGCAACCUCCCCCAGCCCCCUGGCAGUCCCCAGCCUGGGGCUGACGCCAGCCCUGUCACCACAACACCGCUCACCGAUGGGGCUGGUGCCAGCCCUGUCCCCACAGCACCACUCACCGAUGGGACUAGUGACAGCCCUGUCCCCACAACACCGCUCACCGAUGGGGUUGAUGCUAGCUCUGACCCCAUGGCAUUGCUCACUGAUGGGACCAGUGCCAGCCCUGGCCCCACUGCACCACUGACCCCAGAGGAGGCCACGUCCAUCCACAUGGCACCGCUGGCCCCAGAGGCGGCCAGGUCUGGCUACAUGACACCGAGGUUUCUAGAGGAGGCUAGGUCCGACUCCAAUGACCCACUGACCAUGGAAGAGGUGCGAAUGCUGGUGGAGCUCUUCUACCUGCCCUACCAUCAUGGGCCACAGGCACAACGUCUCCUGGAGCACCUUCAGUGGCUCCGGGCCAACAGUCCCAGCGUGGGGGUCCCGGCCACAGCACCCAAUUCUUGUGAGGGUGCCCGGUGGCGUGGCCGAGCACAGUCCUUCCAGCUGCUCUGUGCCCAGACAUGCCACCUGCACAGCCGCUUCGUCUGCAGCGCAGGGCAGGCGCUGCUAUAUGACCUUCACCCCUACCUCUGGGACAUCCGCAACAUGCUGCUGGCUGCCAGUGCCUUCAUCCUCUGGUUGGACGGCCACCUCCUCUGUGACCCUGACCCCACGGGCAACUGGAGAAGCUGCUUCGGCUGGUGCCAGAGCAUCACUGCCCCGCUCUUCCCCAGGGAAGAUGCUGAGCCCUGGGCACACCGUGGGGGCCUCUUUGGAGAGCUGCAGGCCCUGCUUCCCGUGGGGAACAGCUGUGACCUCUUUUAUCACCCACCUCCACUCUUCCCGUCCCGCCAGCUGUACCUCCUGCGUCCGCUUCUGCCUCAGGACAAGGGAGAGCUUUACCGAAUGUGCCGGGAAGGUCUGGACUGUGACCCCAGCGUUGCAGACGUCCUCGUGGCCCACCCUGACCUGCUGGGUGACAGGUUGCUGGGCAGCUUCCUGCACCUGAGCCCCGAGUACACGUUCGUGCUGGAGGACGAGGGUGGCCCGUGUGGCUACGCAGCCGGAGCGCUCUGUGCUGAAGGCUUCCUGCGAGAGCGAGCCAGCAACUGGCUGCCGGCCAUGCGGCACAAGUACCCCCGGGAGCUGGGUGUGGGCGGCCCAGCCCUGGGACAGGAUGCCCUGGAGGAAGCACUGCUCUUCUUCCACGCAGAGCCACCAGCCGUGCCCCUGCCCGUGCUGCGGCGCUUCCCCUCCCUGGUGCAGCUGGGCACGGCCCCUCGGGUGCUGGACGUGGGGGCCAGCUGCAGCCUGGCCGUCUGCCUGCUGAGUGCGCUCAGAGCCAAUGGCUCGCGGGGAGUGUUUUGCCAGGUCAGUGCCACUGACCAGCAGCAACUGAGCUUCUACAGCAAGCUGGGUUUCGUCGCCCUGCCUGUGCCCUGGCCCAGCUCCCCUGGCGCUCGGCUCCUGGGACGCCUCCUCUGAGUGAGCAUUGGGCACGAGCAUGGGGAGACGGCACCACAGGACGGGAAUUGGAAGCUUGUCUCAAGGGAGCAGAAGCAGAGGGGCACCUCGGGCAGGGCAGGUACAUGGGGUAUGUGGCCUGGGGGAGAGCAGGGUGCCCCAAGGAUGUGCACAGGGCACCAGGCUGUGGGAGUACUUGGCAAGAGAGGGGCAUUUCUGCUCCCUCAGGAGAUUUGGCCAUCCAGGCCCUUCACUCCUGCUUGCUGAGCACCCUCCACCUAUGCCAGGGAACAAGCAGUGUCCCUGGGCUGCCUGCAAAGCACCUAGCCUGGCAGGUGGUGCACGGGCAGUAUUUGGGGUAGUGGUCUUUGGGCAUGGCGUGUUGGCACUGGGACAGUGUCCCUGUCCUCCCGAUGGAGCUGCCCAGAUCUCUCCAUCCCCAUUGUGGCCCCAGUCUGGACAGCUGGUGCCAGGGCUGGUUCUUGGCACCCAGGAGCUGCUUGUUGUAUGGAUGGAGCUGGCAUGGGGCACAGUGAGGCAGCCCUAAUCUCUGCUGCCCAGGGGCUGAGGGAAGUGCUGUCCUCAGUAAUAAAGCAUUUGCUGGUCUCUCAC